UUGAGAGGACAUAAAAAAACAUGUCUUCUUCUUCUUCUUCUUCCCAUGAAACCCCAAAGUACAUUAUCUUCUUUCUCCUCAUGGUGAUGAGUCCCAUAAUUUCUAGCAAUGUCAUUAAUUUUCAGUCACCAAAUCUCUUCCCAAUAGGCUUUGCUUGGAACCCAACCUCCCAACACUUCAUCCUUAGCUCACUCCGCCACCACUCCCUUAAAUUCGUCUCCGACGGCGGCAUUGUCGAAACUCUAAUCUCCGACCACUCCCUCCCACCGAUGGUGACGAUUCUCGGCAUCACCAUCGACUCCAUCAACAACCGUCUUCUUGCCAUUAUCCAUGCCUUUGAACCACUUCCUCCUUUCAAUGCCCUCGCCGCCUAUGACCUGACCUCCGGCGACCGCCUCUUCCUCACACCCCUCACUAACUCCUUGGUCACCGGCCGCCGGCCGAUAGCUAUUGACGUUGCCAUUGACUUUUCCGGUAAUGCUUAUGUCACCAACUCUGUGGGCAACUUCAUAUGGAAAGUUGAAGCUUCUGGAAAACCAUUUGUCUUAUCCAAGUCAGCAGUCUUCUCAUCUCAACACGUGGACACUAGGCAACCUUACAGCUUCAGUGGCCUUAGUGGGAUUGCUUACGUCAGCAAUGGUGGUUUUCUGUUGGUGGUACAGACAAAUACGGGAAAAUUGUUUAAGGUCCACGUAGAGGACGGAACCGCAAGGGUAGUGAGGUCAACGGAGGAAUUGACGGCGGCUGAGGGGAUUGCUGUUAGAAAUGACGGCAUUGUGGUUGUGAUGUCUGAAAAGAAGGCAUGGUUCUUGAAGAGCAAGGAUGGUUGGGAUGAAGCAGUGGUUUAUGACGAAAUUGCCCUUGAUGCUGAUAAGCUUCCGACUUCGGUUACUGUUAGGGAAGAGAAUAGGACUUAUGUGUUAUACGGAAAGGCGAGGAAGGGUAGUUUAGGAAGCACGGAAAAGACGGAGUUUAGCAUAGAGGAGAUUACUGGGUCGAGCAAGGGGAAGAAAGAGGAGCCAGAUGUUAAUGACGCCAGUUGAGUAGCUUAUGAUAAUGGUUAUGAUAAAAUAAUAAUAAGUUUGUUAAUUAUGAUUUUUAU